UCACUAGAGACUGGGGCUGUCUCCAAACCUCCAGUCAAGUUUAAAUCACAUAGAGCUCCACCGACUCUCAGUUUGCAUCCUCCUCUCUGCUCACUCGCUCUGAGCUCCCUCUGUCUCUCCUCCUUUCUGCAUCUGCUGGUUGCUCUCCCCGUCAACCUUGUGAGGGUGUCUUCCCCUGAUCAUCUGCAACAGCUUUUCAACUAAAGAAAUACAAACUUUUUUUCUCCAAAGCUUGCGAGACACUGAGACCCAACUGUCACCAUGGAGGCCAUCAAGAAGAAGAUGCAGAUGCUGAAGUUGGACAAGGAGAACGCCAUUGACAGGGCAGAACAGGCCGAGUCCGACAAGAAGGCAGCCGAGGAUAAAUGCAAGCUGCUGGAGGAUGAGCUGCUCGCUCUGCAGAAGAAACUGAAGGGAACAGAGGAUGAGCUUGACAAGUACUCUGAGGCCCUGAAGGAUGCUCAGGAGAAACUGGAACUGUCGGAGAAGAAGGCCGCAGAUGCGGAGGGCGAUGUGGCAUCUUUGAACCGCAGGAUCCAGCUGGUGGAGGAGGAGUUGGACCGUGCUCAGGAGAGACUGGCCACAGCCCUUCAGAAACUGGAGGAGGCUGAGAAGGCUGCAGAUGAGAGUGAAAGAGGCAUGAAGGUGAUUGAGAACAGAGCCAUGAAAGACGAGGAGAAGAUGGAGAUCCAGGAAAUGCAACUCAAAGAAGCCAAACACAUUGCUGAGGAGGCAGACCGCAAAUACGAGGAGGUUGCCCGCAAACUGGUAAUCCUUGAGGGUGAGCUGGAGAGAGCAGAAGAGAGGGCAGAAAUUGCAGAACUUAAGUGUGCUGACCUGGAAGAAGAGCUGAAGAAUGUCACCAACAACCUCAAGUCGCUAGAGGCUCAGUCUGAUAAGUACUCUGAGAAAGAAGACAAGUAUGAGGAAGAGAUUAAAGUCCUGAAUGACAGACUUAAGGAGGCGGAAACCCGUGCAGAAUUCGCAGAGAGGUCAGUGGCUAAGCUGGAAAAGACCAUCGAUGACUUAGAAGAGAACCUAUCGAAAGAAAAAGAGCAAAACGUAGGAAUGCACCAAGUCCUGGACCAAACACUGCAGGAGCUCAAUAGCUUGUAAAAUUCCAUGAAGAUCAAACAAAUAAAAAAGUCAUUUUUGUUUUGUUUUGUGAAAGAUUUUCUAAAAAAAAAAAAAACAUCUCCAUAAUGACUGGUGGUACAGAGGGUUUGAUGAGAAAAAUAAAAAAAAAGACAGGGUCAAGCAGGACAAGAGAAAUCUUGUCCUGCUUUCUCUGUCCAUCUCUGUUCAUCCAUUCUCUGUAAUUUCACUAUUAUUCCUAAACACGUACCCCUUUUAUAUAUUUAUGGUUCUUUUUGUUUCUUUUCCUUUUUUUUUAAAAUGGUUUUGGGACCAUAUGAUAAUCAGUUUUGGUGCUGGAAAUUGUGUUGUAGACCAAACUCUGAGCACAAAUAAAACUGAACAUGAUGAUAAAGUGA